CGGAUUAACUAACCAAUCUACCUCUCAACUUGGCAUUCAAAUCCAUCACGUGUUUUGCACAUGAUCAUCCCUGAUAACAUACCUGUCAUUGCUUCCAAGUUCCUACCACCAUUUCUCUCUCUAUGAAUUGCAAGAGUUUAAGUGUGUGAAGUGAUGAAGGGAGUGCUCUCUCACUUUCUUCUUCAGAUUCCUGUGUUAAUUCUGCUUCUUAUUCUUCUAUUUAUGGACAAGUCUCAAAGCUCUCCAAUCAGUGGUGCAAAAUAUUCGUUUUCUAUCAGAAAUAAGGUUCAUGUGUUGCCUUAUGAUAUCUCCCCAAAUACACAGCCACUACCCUUUAUUCCUCUUUUAGCUCCUUCACCAUUGAUACCUUUCACAAAUGAUUCUUUGCCUAAGUUAUCAGGCCUAUGUUCAUUGAAUUUCUCAGCAGUUCAAGAUAUAAUGACCAAAACCGCGACCAAUUGCUGGACUACCUUUGCUCCCUAUUUGGCCAAUGUUGUAUGUUGUCCUCAAUUCGAUGCCAUGUUGAUAACCCUAAUAGGUCAGUCAAGUAAAUACUCAGGACUGUUAGCUUUGAGCAAAACUCAAGCUAACCACUGCCUCUCAGAUAUUCAGAAGGUUCUGGUUAGUCAAGGAGCAAACGAAAACCUAAACAACAUUUGCUCAGUUCAUCCCUCAAAUCUCACCGAAGGCCUGUGUCCUGUUGCAUCUGUCGACGAAUUUGAGAGCAUCGCAGACUCUUCUAGGCUUCUAACCGCUUGUAGAGAAAUCAAUCCUGUUAAUGAGUGUUGUGAUCAAGUUUGCCAAAAUGCAAUAGAUUACGCUGCUAGGAAAAUCGCCUUGAAUGAUAUGUCCAAUUCGAAUGGAAACAGUAGCUUGCCUCCGAAGAUAGCUCGGAUCAAGGAUUGUAAGAAUAUCAUCCUACGUUGGCUGGCCGGGAAACUCAAUCCAUCCACUUCAAAUAGUGUUUUUAGAGGACUUUCAAAUUGCAACCUAAACAAAGUCUGCCCGUUGGUUUUUCCGAAUGUCACAAGAAUUACGAAUGAAUGUGGAAAUCGGAUAAGAAAUCAAACAACUUGCUGCAAAACCACUAAAAGUUACGUGUCCCGUUUGCAAGAACAAAGCUUUGUGACCAAUCUUCAAGCCUUAAAAUGUGCUGUAUCACUUGGAAAGAAGUUGCAGAAAGAAAACGUCUCCGAAAAUGUCUACGAUCUUUGUCACAUAAGCUUGAAAGAUUUUUCUCUUCAAGGUUGGUAUUGCUAGUAUUUUACCAUUUCCACUAGUACUUACAUACUUAUACUUUUCCUGUUUUAUGCAUUAAUGUUCGACGUUGGAUUUUCACAUCGCGGCGUGGACAAUUCAGUUGGAUCACAAGAAUCUGGAUGCCUUUUGCCGAGUUUGCCUUCGGAUGCAGUAUUCGAUAGAACUUCAGGGAUUGGAUUCAUUUGCGACCUUAAUGACAACAUUGUUGCUCCAUGGCCUUCGACGUCUUACACGCUACAAUCUUCGUGCAAUAGAACUACAAAACUUCCAUCCCUUCCUACAGCAAUAUCUUCUCAAAAUGGUCUUUUCAUUAACAUCUUGGUUUUGCCUCCACUUUUCACCUCAAUACUACUUCUCAGGAGGCUUCUUUAGCAAUAUCAUUGUUUCAAUAUUCAUUCAAGUUGUAAACAUGUUAUGUUUCCUUACAGAGAGAUAAUAUAGAAAGAAAAAAAGAAUUUCCUUAAGCUCUUUCUGGAUUGAUCAAUUUCAA